GCAGAUCUAUGCGCUCUGGACCGCCAUCGUCCUGCUCGAUGUUUCGGAAAUCUAUAAGUCGCGCCUGCCUUACAAUAACUUUACAUAAGACGGGGAGGUUUAGUAGCUGCACGAUUCACUGACGAGCGGACUCACAUUCUUCACAUAUGCUUUUUACCUGAUAGAGAAACUAGUGUGGAUGCCAACAAUGGCCUUUAUACAAGUACAGCCCAUGCGAAUAGCCCUGUUCUUGGGAAGAGGAAACUGUAUCUCUCAUGUGAAUAAUGCAGUUAAAACACGGGUGUCUAACUGCGACUCCACUGCAGUGCAGCCUCACUGGCUAGCAGGCCCAUCCCUAGAUAAGAAACCUCAGUUUUUAAUGAACAAACUCCACCCAAAGUGUGAGGCACGUAACUUCUUAAGGUGCCGGCCAUGCUUAAAGUCACCAGUGUCCUGUAGUUGUAUCAGCAUUCGUACAUAUUCAGCAAAUCAACCAGCUUCUGAGAGGGGCAAGAACAGCGAGCCCAACAUCCAUGAAUCAAAAGCAUCACCACCAAUCUUGGAGGGCCAGACACUUGCCAUGGGCAUGUGGUCCCUGGGCCUUGGAGCUGUGGGUGCUGCCAUAGCAGGCAUAAUUCUUGCCAACACAGACUUUUUCCUGACCAAGCCUGAACAUGCCACUCUAGAAUACCUGGAGGAUACUGACCUCAAAACCACUUUUGGAGAUGACAAGACAUUUAAAGCUCGAACUCUGUGGGAGAAGUCGGGUGCAGUGAUCAUGGCCGUACGACGGCCUGGAUGAUUUUUGUGCAGAGAGGAGGCCGCUGAGCUGUCCUCUCUGAAGCCCCAGCUGGACCAGCUUGGGGUCCCUCUGUUCGCUGUUGUCAAAGAGGACGUCAGUACAGAGAUUCAGGACUUCAGACCCCACUUUGCUGGGGAUGUUUUUCUUGAUGAAAAGCAAGCUUUCUAUGGACCACAACAGAGGAAAAUGGGUGGUCUUGGCUUCAUUCGUCUAGGAGUUUGGCAGAACUUCAUUAGAGCUUGGAAGUCAGGUUACCAGGGAAACAUGAAUGGCGAGGGCUUCAUCCUGGGUGGGGUAUUUGUCAUAGGAUCUGGCAAGCAGGGGGUCCUUCUUGAGCAUCGGGAGAAGGAGUUUGGUGACAAAGUCAGCAUUGAGUCUGUUUUGGAGGCAGCUAAGAAAAUAGUGGUGGAGAAAUAGAUUAGUUUUUAUAAUUAUUGAUGUGGAAAAUGUUGUCAAGAUAGAUCAAAAUAGUAACAAAUGUUGUAAUUUUUAGUUUUCUCAGAAAUUAAAGCUUAAGCUACAAGUUAGAACAAACAGAGUAAGUAUUUAACACAUCACACCUCAUUUUCUUUACUAACGCUGUGAAUAUAAAGGAAAGCUCAGGUUCUGCUAAACUUAGUUGGUACUAAGGAAUAAUGUUAGGGACUGAAGCACAAAGUGUUGCAGAAAUUAACUUCGAUUCAGGUGCUUAAUAGUUCUUGCUGUUUGCUUCACUAAGUUCUUUUGGCACUUAGAAAUGACUUUGCUGUGAUUCUUCACUCAGUCAGGUUCUGUUGGCUGUCUGCUGCUGGGCUGGUGACUUGGUUUGUGUGUUUUAAUGACAUUCUGUCUCAAAACUCAGUAGUGAGAGAGCAGAUUUGAAGCUUGACACAUUCUUUCCUGCUCACCAAUGUUUGGUCAGGAGACAGUCAGCAGUUCUGAAUCAGGUGGAGUAUGCCAUUUGCAAUAAAAAACAGCAGACACAAAA